AUGGAUGCAUCUACUCUCAAGGUGCCAGUGCAUGGUACCUUCAAGAGUAUUAAGAGAGUGAACCGCAUGUUAGGCUGGAGUGACCCUGCUAGUAGUGCCACCAAUACUAGUUUCACAGUCAACACCUCAAGGACUCGAGAGAGGAUGAGGCAUACUGAUGAAGUCCCUGAAAUCACAGGCUAUGUUGACUAUGAUUCUAAAAUGAUGACCAUAGAAUUGCAUUAUUGA